GUACAGGAGACAUCACAACAAUUUCAAACAUUAACCAGUGUGCAGUGUGUUAAUCGUGCAGUGCAGUGAAUUUCCUGACUUUUUAAAAACUCCUAUCAAAAUGAAGUUCGCCGUGAUCGUUGCUUCGCUCAGUGCCGCUCUGGCUGUUUAUGGAACUCACGCCGCCGUCGUGCCGGUAGCACCGGCCGUAGCCGUGAGCACCAACUACGAUCCACUGCCACAGUAUACCUACGCGUACAACGUGCAAGACGCUCUGACGGGCGAUAGCAAAAGCCAGCAAGAAACUCGCGAUGGCGAUGUCGUACGCGGCUCAUACUCGCUGGUCGAACCAGACGGCACGCUGCGCACGGUCUUCUACACGGCCGAUCCUGUCAAUGGAUUCAACGCAGUGGUCCAGCGUGGUCCUCUCGUGCCGAAAGCUGUCGUACCGGUGGCCGCCGGUCCAGCCGUAUUUGCGCCAGCUCCGGUAGCGCGAGUGUUAGGUUAACUGGGCAGCUAAUUCAUGUGCUUCGUCCACCAAAAAGCAGGACGUCUCAUCUAGGUUAAUUUAGCACCGAUUCGCUUUAAUCUACAUGUUUGUUGUGUUAUCUAGACUGAAAUAAAAUAGUAAACAAAUGUUAUUACCAGCAACAAAA